CUCUCCGCCACUGAAGUCCUCGGGUAGUCUCUUUUAUAAAUUUCAUCUAUCGUCCAUCAUCCCUUCCAUCACAAGAAAACCCACUGAUCAAGCUAUUUACAGAGCUCGUCCUCCGCUUCUUGUCGGUGUGAAAAAUCUCCACUGGUCUUCGUGCUCACAGAUCAAGCUUCGUGGCGUCGUCUACUUCUCCAGCUCAUGGUCUUUGUUCUCACAGAAGGUUCGUGGUUUGGUCUUCUUCUCCAUUUUUACUUCGCACCGAGGUCUUCAAGUGGAUCUCUGCGGGUAUUUUCGUGGGUCACGAACUCCAUGUGGGUCAUCUUGCAAGAGGCCGUAAGCAGCCGCUGAGCUGGUUUUCUUCUUCAUGUGAGUAUUUUUGUGGGUAUUUUUUACUGGUUCAUCUUUGUGGGGGUGUGGGUCAUCUUCGCAUAAGAAAAACUCUGAAGGAUUGCUGAAGAAGGAUUGUACGUAGAAGGAUUGCUGAAGAAAAACUCUGAAGAAAACCAGUACUUUCUACUGGUUCAUAUUCGUGGGGGAGUAUUUUCGACUGUACGUAGAAGGAUUGCUGAAGAAAAACUCUGAAGAAAAACCAGUAUUUUCUACUGGUUCAUCUUCGCGGGGGUGUGGGUCAUCUUCAUGGUGAGGACUUACGAACAUAAUGAAAAUGGUUAUAAGCUUCGUAGUCUUCAGAAAUGACGAAAGGGUUAACUUAGUUAAAUCGGGGCGUAGUAAUUUUUGACACAUCAGCAAAGCCGUGUGUGCGCCGUUUGCGUUAGGCGACUGCAUUUAGAGUUUUUCAUCCUGCAGCCGUGUACUCGACAAUAUAACUUCGGCCCACUGACGUCGUCGCUCUCGGGAGUGAACAUGGCAGAGGCAAGUUGGGGAGAGAGAGUUGCAGACAAGGUGUUCUCUCUCUAUAACUCUCUCCCAAAGGAAGGAAAGCCUCAGGGCCGUGAAUUUACCGUCUUGGCCGCUUUUCUCCUCUCUUCUCCUUCUCAAGAGCUGGAAGUUGUAGCAUUGGGAACUGGGACCAAGUGCAUCGGGUGCUCGCUCCUGAGCCCGUACGGAGACGUUGUUAAUGACUCGCACGCUGAGAUUAUCGCACGGAGAGCUUUACUGAGGUUUUUCUAUGCACAGAUUCAAGGUCUUGCUCAUUUUCAUAGCAAGCAGAAUUACAUUGAUGGAAGCAACAAGCUGCAAGGUUUUGAUAUCAACGACUUGCCUUUUCAAUCAGACGCUGAUGGUUUUGGCAAAGUAAAGUACACAUUGAAGCCGGGUUGGCAAUUACAUCUUUACAUAUCACAACCACCAUGUUGGUUUGCUUCGCCCAGUUGUCUGUUGUUUCCUCCCAAAUGUAACACAUCAAGAGAAAGGGAUUCACAACCAUAUAUGGGCGACCUCAACAAUUCCAUAAGCGAACCUUGGGAGGUUUCGGUAAAUAAUAAUGGUGUUGCUUCACAACACGUUGGUUCAGUUCAGAGAAAGCUUGUUUGGGGUGAUACAACGUUAUCAGUUAGCUGCUCUGACAAGAUAGCCCGUUGGAAUGUUGUGGGAGUUCAAGGAGCGCUGCUUUCCUACUUUCUUCUGCCCGUUUACCUUUUCUCUGUUACUGUUGGAGGAUCCCCAAACAGGCCUAAAAAGUUUCACUUAGAGGAUCGCUUGAGAAUAGCUUUAUAUGAUCGAAUCCACCCAUUGUUGAACGAGAUAAUGAGCCCCUUUCAGGUGAACCAGCCACUAUUCCGGUCAGCCCCAAUACCACCAGAGGAGUUUCAGCGUUCUAAAUUGAGAACCUCAACGUGCAGGUAUUCAAUAUGUUGGAAUAAGUCUGGCUUGCAUGAAGUCAUUCUUGGAUCCACUGGAAGAAAGCAAGGCGCCUCUGCCAAAGGAGCACUUUCUCCAUCUACAGAGUCAUCUCUAUGCAAAAAGCAAUUAUUGGAGAUUUUCUUGUCACUGGAACAUGAAUGCCAAACUGAAUACCCAGCCAACGAGAUAUCUUAUCGAGCACUCAAGGUAAGAUUUAAUUUUCUGCAUGUUACAAAUGUUAUUGAUUGGAUUUUAUGUUGUCCAGAAAUCAUGGUUGCUAUACGACUUCUUAAGAAAAAAGUUGUGGUUUCAGUUCUCCUUGAAAACUUGUGCAUUUGAAUCAUAUGAAUGUUGACCAUGCCCUAGCUUCAUCUAAGAUUUGGUUUACUGUUUGAGGCAGCAUCUUCUGGUCAUACUCAUAGUGAUUGAAUUUUUAGCUUAAUAAAAUUCAUAGUGGACUUUUGGUGACCUUGCUAGUGGAGUAGGAUGACCCGAUACAAUAGUCGGUACUAGUACUAAGAGAUUUAUCAAUUGGGGAUAUGCGGAGACAGCAGUUGAUUUUCAAUUUUCACCUGAAACCAGUGUGAGUUUGUUUCAGUAAGUUUUAUUACCCUUCUAUCUCUCAUUGGGCAUAUCUGUAUUGUAAGAGUUAGACAUUAUUGUGGUAAAUUACUCGAUUUUUGGCAGAGGGUGAAUGCUGAGAACGCUAAUCAUAAAAUAUUCAUGAAUUAAUUAGCUGAUUACGAAGAAAUAUGUUUAUUGUUUAGCUUGCAAAGAAACUAUCAUUAAUGAAAAUCAAAUGGCAAAAUGUACAAGUAUGAGAGGGAGGGAGGCAAAAGCUGCAAGCAUGUGAUCAGUUUCAUAAUUUUCUGGCAAUCCCUUUUGAAGAAUCCUUGAACUGGACUUCAGAUUUGGGAUGUACAAUCAAGCACUUGUAUUUAGUGAUUUGACCCACAAAAAGUGCAGGUGGUUUAGCAGUUGUAUUGAUCAGCUAUAUCUGAUGAAAAGGUGAAAAUCGGAUUUCAGUGAACUGGUAAAAAUGGCUGAAUAUUUGUUAUCUUCUUUUAAUGGGCUUGACAUAGUAAUUCCUUUGCAGCAAAGGGCUCAAGAAUACAUGACAAUGUCAAAACUUUUUAAAGGAAGUCCACCUUUCAGCAAUUGGCUAUUAAAACCAGUAGACACUGAGGUCUUCUCCAUUUUCAGACAGUGAGGUGAGAUAUGGGCUACUCAUUUCGAUUAGCACAUCAGCAAGAGUUUGUAAAUCGAUCUAAACGAUCUGCAGGCAUAUUACCCAUUCUUCAUCCAAAGUGAAAGACCGUAAAUAGAUGAACAGCAAGUGCAUGACGAGCCUUCAUGGAGGAAAGUCAAUAUUUAAUGAAACAGCAGUUUUGGGCCAUUUAGAGAAUGGAAGCAACGUCUUAAGUGCCUUUAAAGGCAUGAUCAAUCGAGAGAACAGCCAUUGCUUAUGCUGUCACUGCAGCUCUUAUGGAUCGUUGGUUAGUAUGAAUGGGGUGAACGUUCCUCCAUUGUAGCUGAGCUGUGCCAUCAACCCAUGUUGUUGGCACGCCUAGAGUUGGGAAAAGUAUAGGGAACUUUUGAUUGCUCAGCCAUUUUGAUCUCUUAUUAAUUAGUUUGUCAAUAGAAAUGCCCCAAGUUUAGAGAUGGUUACAAAUCAUAAGGUUCGUUUGUUAAUAGUGCUACUAUAAAUCCAAUUCUUAAUUUUCAGAUAUAAUCUGAUCUUGGCACAUUCUGGAUAUGAAUAGGGCAAGUGAAAAAUAUGGCUGCUCCUUGACAGAAGCCAUUGUUGGUUACUAGCUUGUGUUGUAAGAAACUAUUUGUAUCAACUGCACGAUGGAUUUUACAUAAUUAAUUCGUUAUAUUCUGCAA